AUGGAGUCUUUUUCUCGGCCGGGACAUCGCAUCAUGGUACACUUCGGAUCCGGGAUCGCGCCGGGGUUGUCACGUUCAGGGUCUGAUCUAUUUCGGGCGCGCCUAGGCGGCGAAUGUGAAGAUGCGAUAGCCGUGGUGGUUGCGGCGAGGGCUGGAGUCUACGUCAUCUUGGUGUCUGCGGUACGUAUCGAGAUGUCAUGGGCCACACGCAGUGAAGAGGUCUUGAGGAAUUAUUAG